UUCUUUCCGUGCAGUCAGGGCUGCUGCCGGCAGGAUGGUGAAUGUCCCCAAAACCUGCAGGACUUACUGCAAGAAAUGUGGCAAGCACCAGCCCCACAAAGUGACCCAGUACAAGAAGGGCAAGGACUCUUUCUAUGCUCAGGGAAAGAGACGAUAUGAUCAGAAGCAGAGUGGUUAUGGUGGUCAGAUAAAGCCUAUCUUCCCUCAGAAGGCCAAAACCACAAAGAAGAUUGUGCUGAGGCUUGAGUGUGUGGAGCCCAACUGCAGGUCCAAGAGUAUGCUAGCCAUUAAGAGGUGUAAGCACUUAGAGCUAGGAGGAGACAAGAAGAGAAAGGGCCAGGUGAUCCAGUGCUAAACUCUUGUUCAU